UCUUCUCAUCUGCGAUUGAGUCUAGAUCUGUCUCUACGUUUGGUCCAGCCAGUCAUCGCACGCAGCUUCGUUUACAAUUGUAUAUUUAUUUGUAUGAGUAAGAGGGACAGGAUUUUCAUAAUCAUAUUAUUACAUUAUAAUCAGCUUUAUCUGUCAUGUUUCCUUUCUACAGGUGGUUGCGAGCCCUUUCCUCAAGUAUUUCAGGGCGUUUGCGAAACAAUCACCGGGUACAACACAACAUCAUUCCCCAACUCCUUUGGCCAUCUGUCUGCACAGCAGAUGAUAAACUCACGAGAGUACUUCCUCUUCGGAUCCGUCCUAAACAACAUUUCAAGUUGCUAUCCAGACGUCUAUACAGCCUUUUGUCGGAUGUUUUUGCCUCAGUGUGACAAUGGCACGCAGAUACAGCUGUGCAGAAGUUCCUGUGAGGAAAUGCACGCAAGAUGCUCACCGGUUGGGUUGAGUUUACCAUUUUCAUGCAACGUAUUUCCCGACCAGAUGGACGAUCCAACCUGCUCUCUGAUCACACAGGCAACAGCUACAAUGACUUCCACGACAAAGUCAACAACAGCACCAACAUCAAAGAUACCAUCACAAACUAAAUCUAAGACAACACAGUCGCCAUCAACAACUACAAAACCAACAACAGAAACGUCAACAACAGCAAAACCAACAACACAGUCAGCAUCAACAAGAAAGCCAACAACACAGUCGCCGUCAACAGCAAAACCAACAAUAAAGUCACCAUCAACAACGAAACCAACAACACAGUCGCCAUCAACAACGAAACCAACAACACAGUCGCCAUCAACAACAAAACCAACAACAGAGUCGCCAUCAACAACAAUACCAACAACACGGUCACCAUUAACUAUAAAACCAACAACACAGGCGCCAUCAACAACAAUAUCAACAACACAGUUGCCAUCAACAACAAAACAAACAACAAAGUCACCAUCAACAACGAAACCAACAACACAGUCGCUAUCAACAAAAAAACCAACGACACAGUUUCCAUCAGUAACAAAGCCGACAACACAGUUGCCAUCAACAACAAAACCAACAACACAGUCGCUGUCAACAACAAAACCAAUAACUACACAGUCGCCGUCAACAACAACACCAACAGCACAUUCGCCGUCAACAACAAAACCACUAACAAAACUGACGCCGUCAAGAACAAAAUCAAGAACACAGUCACCAUCAACAAAAAAAGAAACCACACAGUCACCGUCAACAACAAAACCAAUAACACCCUCAACAAGAAAAUCAACAACACAGUCGCCGUCAACAAGAAAACCAACAACACACACAGUCGCCAUCAACAACAAUACAAACAACACAAUCACCAUCGACGACAAAACCAACAGCACAGUGGCCAUCAUCAACAAAACCGACAACACAGCCACCGUUAACAGCAAAACCAACAACACAGUCACCGUUAACAACAAAACCAAUAACACCCUCAACAAGAAAAUCAACCACACAGUUGCCGUCAAAAACAAAAACAACAACACAGUGGCCAUUAACAACAAAACUAACAACACAGGCGCCAUUAACAACACAACCAACAACACUGUCGCUGUCAACAACAAAACUAACAACACAAUGGCCAUUAACAUCAAAGCCGACAACACAGUGGCCAUUAACAACAAAACUAACAACACAGAUGCCGUCAAAAACAAAACCAACCACACAGUGGCCAUUAGCAACAAAACCAACAACACAGACGCCAUUAACAACAAAACCAACAACUACACAGUCGCCGGCGUUUGCGAAACAAUCACCGGGUACAACACAACAUCAUUCCCCAACUCCUUUGGCCAUCUGUCUGCACAGCAGAUGAUAAACUCACGAGAGUACUUCCUCUUCGGAUCCGUCCUAAACAACAUUUCAAGUUGCUAUCCAGACGUCUAUACAGCCUUUUGUCGGAUGUUUUUGCCUCAGUGUGACAAUGGCACGCAGAUACAGCUGUGCAGAAGUUCCUGUGAGGAAAUGAACGCAAGAUGCUCACCGGUUGGGUUGAGUUUACCAUUUUCAUGCAACGUAUUUCCCGACCAGAUGGACAAUCCAACCUGCUCUCUGAUCACACAGGCAACAGCCCGAUGGACAUGCGGCAAAGCAGGUACCUGGAAGGGGGAUCCCGACGUUAGUAACUGUAUAUCACCGUGGCUACAGAACAUUGGGGAUAGGUCUGCUGUAGCCUCAGGCAUCAUGGAAAGCACAGACAAGACCGGUAUUCUCUUCGCCAGGACGGUGCCCAACAAAACCCUCUUAAUCGUCAUGGACAACGUCGUGAUGAACAUUGGUACUACAUCUGAUGGAGUGUCUACGUUUCCGGUUCUAACAAACGUAAACGCUUCUUCCGGCUGGGAGAACGUGACAGACGGAAUCACCCUCCCCAAAUCACAACACCCUGUCGUAUCUGUACUCUACAACACGUCUCUGGGAGAGUAUCUUCGAUCCAAAUCGUCGGAGAGGACUGUCAACUCUCGGAUUAUCUCGGCAACACUGGUAAACCGAAACUCCUCAGAUGACGCCAGGGUCGCAGGCAAUGUGACCAUAGUUCUGGAACACACGGAGAAGACUAGUAACAUAUCAUCGUGUGUUUUCUGGAACAUCACUGAAGGGGACUGGUCCGAUAAGGGAUGUACGAAAAAGAACACAUCAGACACACAGCAGACAGUGUGCGUGUGUAACCAUCUCACCAGCUUUGCCAUUCUAGUGGAUGUGACAGGUCAAGAGCAUCCCUUCGCCCUGAGUGUGAUCACCUACAUCGGCUGUAUCAUCUCCAUCGUGUGUCUCUUCUUCUGCAUCUGCGUCUUUCUUGGAUUUAGACGAGUCCGUUGCCCCCGAACCAUCAUCCAUGCAAACUUGUGUAUCUGCCUGCUGGUCGCUGAAGUGGUCUUCCUGGCUGCAGUCGACAAAACAGAAAAUGAGAUCGCUUGUGACGCAAUCGCGAUACUCCUUCACUACCUGUUCCUGGCCGUGUUCACCUGGAUGUGUGUGGAAGGAGUGGAGCUGUACGUCUUACUGGUCAAGGUCUUCAACUUAAAAAUGAACAGGCUGAUCUACUAUCACCUGGCCGGAUAUGCUUGUGCCAGCUGGACAGAAUGGCUGGACGGUGACGAUCCAGUGGGCACUGGAGACUGGGAGCUCCUCGCGGACCUUCAGAGAGAAUACCCUGGACGGAUCUGUGCCAACACCACGGGUAUCCAGGCCCGUGUCCGAGGCUCACACGUGGAGGCGUUCGAGACAGAAGAGACGUUUGUGGUGCUGAACGCGCGGGAGGGGUUCGGCUGUAGAAACGACAUGCAGAGCGACUGUCUGUGCCAGGAUUAUGAAGUUCGGUUUUGCUGCACAGAGUCUGAUGCCUCGUCCAGUGACACCGCUCUGCAAAGUCAAGACACAACACAAGUUCCGACCGAUCGCUAUAAGUACAGUGGCCCCUGGGUUGAAUUCAACAACAGCUCGUACAUCUUCUCUGGGAACACGAGGGUACCGUGGGACCACGCCAGCCUAACUUGUCAAGACCUGUUCGCGAAUCUGGUCAGCAUACAGUCACAGGAAGAACAGAACUUCAUUAACGACUUCAUCGUGCGUACAACAAGCCUGGGGGCAGAGAACUGUACCUCCGGACAGAUCAACACAAUGUACUGUGAUCCAGAUGAAAAUAUAACCAUUGGGCUGUUAUGCAGAGGAGAUCUAACAUCGUGUUCUUGGAGUGACGGAUCGAGUUUGAUGUACGAGAACUGGGAAGAACAGCCCAACCCACAUGGAGACAACAGAUGUGGCACACUGAACAUGACCGACGGAAAGUGGAAGAUUUCUUCGUGCAGCCGCCCCAGGCCGUUCAUCUGUGAAAGAGUAUCGGCAGUUGUCAACAUCUCCGCCUCGCCCUUCGAUGGAUGUGGAGUCCAUUCGUCUUGCAUUGGAAGUGAAAUCGAAGGGUUGUACGGGUGUAGAUGCCACAGUGGUUACGGCAGUGAUGGUUUCUCUUGCCAAGAUAUUGAUGAGUGCAGUGACGGUACACAUAACUGUCACCCAAACGCCAAGUGCCUCAACACUGCAGGCUCCUUUUCGUGUAAAUGCAAACCUGGAUUCACAGGAAACGGUACCUCGUGCUCAGAUGUGGAUGAAUGUGUAGCAACGGCACCUUGCGACCCGAUGGCGAACUGCACCAACACGGUCGGUUCCUUUCUCUGUCAGUGUAGGACCGGAUAUACGGGGAACGGCACGUCUUGUACAGAUAUUGACGAAUGUACCACGAGUGCGCACAACUGCCAUCAGAAUGCGGAUUGCACCAACUCUGACGGGUCCUUCGCCUGUGCUUGUAACACUGGAUACACUGGGAACGGGUUGUGGUGCGAAGACAUCAACGAAUGUGACAGGGAUACAGCCGGCUGCCACCCGAACGCCACUUGCACCAACAUCCAUGGGUCUUUCUCCUGUGUUUGUGACACAGGUUACAGUGGGAACGGUAGCUUCUGCACAGAUGUAGACGAGUGUACCCAAGGAAUUGCCAUGUGUGAUCCCAACGCCACCUGUACCAACACUGCAGGGUCCUACAUGUGCGAAUGCAUCGACGGAUUUACAGGAAACGGUUCAUAUUGUACAGAUAUUGAUGAGUGCAAAGAUGCUUCAAACAACUGUCAUUCUGACGCAACGUGCACCAACAGUGAAGGGUCGUUCUACUGCGAAUGUAAUGUUGGGUACACCGGGAAUGGCACCUCUUGUUUUGAUAUAAACGAAUGUAGUGUAGAAACGACCAGUAAACAUACCUGCGCUGAAGAUGCCACCUGCACAAACACAGACGGGUCGUUCUUCUGUUUGUGCAACCUUGGAUACACAGGGGACGGCACAUCGUGUACGGAUGUCGACGAAUGUGCCAGAGAUACAACUGUCUGCCAUUCAAACGCUAUCUGCACCAACACCGAUGGGUCUUACACCUGUACAUGUGGUACUGGAUAUCAUGGAAACGGUACACACUGCACCGAUAUUGAGGAGUGCGACACCGGUGCUGACAACUGCCAUCCUAACGCCGCGUGCGUCAACACUGCCGGGUCCUUCUCAUGCUCCUGCAACAGCGGGUAUACAGGGAACGGCACGUCGUGCACAGAUGUUGAUGAAUGUGCAUCAGAGCCUGAAAACAACUGCGAUCAAAACGCCGUCUGCAGUAAUACUGACGGAUCCUUCCUGUGUUUGUGCGAUGUCGGAUACGCAGGCAAUGGUACACUUUGCGCAGUUGAAUUAUUGACAUAUUGUCCGAGAACACGACGAAGGUACAUCCUGUGGCCAGACACAGUCGGUGGGAUGGUCUCCCAACGCCCCUGCCCCACAGGCACUGUUGGUACUGCUCGCUGGACGUGCGGCAGUAACGGUACAUGGGAGGGAGAUCCCGACCUGACCGGAUGUGUGUCAAGCUGGCUCCACGAUCUUAAUACAGAUCGACCCUCUAAGGACGUCCUCUUCAUUAUGGCAGAACAUUUGGAACAUCAAAAAUUCAUCUACGGCGGCGACGUCAUCAUUUGCACGGAACUGCUUAACCAGAUGGUAGACAAACAUGAACAGGAACUGGACCAUGCACCAUAUGAACAUAAGAGGCACCUCGUCAUUAACUUUACUGAGUCGAUGCUAACAUGUGGAAGUGCUCUGUUGAGAAAAACCGAUGCCUGGAGCGACAUUCCUAUGGAACGCCGGUUCCAACUGGCUCCAGAAAUCAUGGACAAAACUGAAAAGUCGAGUCUUCUCAUGGCGAAGAAUGUUAAACCCGAUGAGACUGUCUCAUUCACAAGGGACAAUAUAGUGAUGGACAUAGUCGCCAAAGGCAACGGAAUGGCCAUGGACUUUCCACACCGCACGGCCAUGACAAAAGACAGAUCCUCCAUUUUGAAAGGCAUAGCGGAUACAAUCACGGUCCCCGGAACGAAGCAUCGAGUCAUCGCCUCGCUCUACAGGAACAUUGACCAAUAUCUGCUACCCAAGCGGGCUGAGAUCCCAGGCAUGAAUGAAAGUGGUUUGGAGAUGAACAGGGUCCUCUCCCGAGUCAUCUCCGCAACCAUCGUGAAUGACGGUCAGCCGGUUACGCUCAACGGCGGUACUGUCACCGUAUUCCUGCAACACAGCGAGGAUCUGUUUGCGCUGCAUGUCAUCACCUACAUCGGCUGCAUCAUUUCUAUCGUGUGUCUCUUCAUCUGCAUCUGCGUGUUUCUCGGAUUCAGACGAGUCCGUUGCGCCCGAACCAUCAUCCAUGCAAACCUGUGUUUCUGCCUGCUGGCUGCUGAAUUCGUUUUUCUCGUUGCCGUAGACAAAGUCCACAAUCCGGUUGUCUGUGACGUGGUCGCGAUACUCCUUCACUACCUGUUCCUGGCCGUGUUCACCUGGAUGUGUGUGGAAGGAGUGGAGCUGUACGUCAUGCUCAUCAAGGUCUUCAACCUGAAAAACACCAGGCUGAUCUUCUACCAUCUAGCCGGCUACGGAGUACCUGCGAUAGUGAUUUUUGUCUCAGCUAUAAUCAACUACAGCAGGAUUGGACUAGACGGAUACGGCAAAUGGAAUGAACGGAAAUAUUGCUGGUUGUCAGUCGAAAAAAGCUUCAUCUGGAGCUUUGUUGGUCCAAUGUUGUUGAUCAUUUUGGUGAAUCUGGGUUUCCUCGUCAUGACCCUGAAAGUGAUCUACUCCCAGAGAUCCCACGAUAAACCUGAACAGUCCUGGCAGGGAGAAAAGUUCAGGUGA